UAAAUUUUUAGCCUUUUACACUCGCGCAGGAAGAAGUUGUAGUUUUUUUUUAUGGCAAGUGGAAACCAUAAAAUAUAAUUGUAAAAUUUUAGUCCUAGUAACACAAUUUGUUAAGCCAAUAAUAAAAAGAAAGGCGGGAAACGGGAAUUAGCUUAAUAUUUUUACGUCUUGCUAAUUGUUGGACUUGUUAAGUUAAAAGUAUCGCUCUCAGUUAAAAAACUAUUACUAGCUUAAUUAUGAGUUCCGUAACAAAGGAAUGUAAAAAUAAGUUCAUACCAGACGAUAUUGAAGAUUUCAUAACGUUUGAGCCAAAACUAUCGCCAAAAUGUAAGAAGACUCUAAAGCGUCGUAAACUAGUUGAUGAAAUGGAUCAAGACAUUCGUGGAAAAGAUGUUAACAAUAAAAAAGGCAAAAAAAGUAAUAGAAUUACUAAUGACUCCCAAAUAUGUAGCGAAUAUAAACAGAAGAUAUUGAAUAAUAUGAACGAGCAGUUAAACUCCGGAAAUCAAAUGAACGAGACUAUGCAAAAGAAAGUUUCUGAAUUCAUAACAGAUUUGGAGAGAGAUUACUCUGUCUUAAAAAACAAUGUGAAAGAGUUGGAAGAAUUCACUACUGCCACUAUGAAUUGCCUGCAUCAAACUACAACUGCGAUUAAGCAAAAAAUUGAUAUUUUAAAGGAAAUGGAGCAGACUUAUAAAAAACAAUGUAAAGCUACGGAGGAAAGACACCAAUUAGAAAUAAACCAAUUAGAGGAAGAUUUAAAUAGAGAGGUGGAGAAAGUAAAAGAAAAAUUGGCAUCUGAAACUAAGAAGACUUAUUUAGACAUGUUUCAACGAUCGUUUAUUCAAGCUAUGAAGAAUAAUAAUUAGUUUUCUGUAAUGCAUUCAAUUUGUUACUAAUAAAAAACUUAAUUUCUUCUUUAACAAAGAGAUUGAUUAA